UUUGGAUGAGGAAUAAUGGCCUUGCAGAUCCUCUCUGCAGGCAUUUGGUUUCACAGGAAUGAGGACAUGAAGGCCAUUGAAGUUCUGCCCAUUCUUAAAGAGAAGGUGGCAUUCUUAUCAGGUGGAAGAGAUCGUCGUGGAGGGCCAGUUCUCACAUUUCCAGCCAGGAGUAACCAUGACAGAAUAAGACAGGAGGACCUCAGACGACUCAUUGCAUACCUUGCCAGCAUCCCAAGUGAGGAGGUGAGCAGACAUGGCUUCACGGUCAUUGUGGAUAUGCGAGGAUCCAAAUGGGACUCUAUCAAACCACUGCUGAAGAUCCUGCAGGAGUCGUUUCCAUCCUGCAUUCACGUCACACUCAUCAUCAAACCUGACAACUUCUGGCAGAAGCAGAGGACCAAUUUUGGCAGUUCAAAGUUUGAAUUUGAGACCAUCAUGGUGUCCCUCGAGGGCUUGACCAAAGUGGUCGAUCCCUCCCAGCUGACUCCAGACUUCGAGGGGAGUCUGGACUAUGACCAUGAGGUGUGGAUUGAGGUUCGAUUGGCCUUUGAGGAGUUCACGAGCAAUGCCACUCGCGCCCUGGCCCGUUUGGAGGAGCUCCAGGAUAUGGUGUCACAGCGUGAGCUGCCAUCAGACCUGGAUGGGUCUCGGCGAGCCAUGGAGGAGCAUGCCUCUCUGAAGAAGAAGGUUACUAAAGCUCCCGUAGAGGAGUUGGAUUCAGAGGGCCAGCGUUUGCUCCAACGGAUCCAGAGUGGUGAUAAAGUCCGAGGAGACAUCCAGGGUUUAGCUCUCAAAGUCCAGGCGCUGCUGGAUAAACUCCACGGCACACGCCAACAUCUACAGCAGGCCUGGCACAUGCGAAAAGUCAAACUGGAUCAGUGCUUUCAGCUAAGACUCUUCCAGCAGGAUGCAGAGAAGAUGUUUGACUGGAUUGUCCAUAAUAAAGGCCUGUUCCUGACAACCUACACAGAUAUAGGAGCCAACCAUCAACACGUGAUGGAGCUGCAGACUCAACACAACCACUUUGCUAUGAACUGCAUGAAUGUGUAUGUGAACAUCAGUCGGAUCAUGUCGGUGGGGAACAGGCUGCUGGAGGCGGGUCAUUACGCCACACAGCAGAUCCAGCAGAUCUCAGGUCAGCUCGAGCAGGAGUGGAAAGCAUUCGCAGCCGCUCUGGAUGAAAGGAGCACACUGCUGGAGAUGUCUGCUAACUUCCAUCAGAAGACUGACCAGUAUAUGAGCAACAUAGACUCAUGGUGUAAGGCCUGUGGUGAGGGAGAACUUCCUUCUGAGCUGCAGGACCUAGAAGACACCAUCCACCACCACCAGGGUGUCUAUGAACACAUCAAUGCUGCCUAUUCUGAGGUGAGUCAGGAUGGCAAAGCCCUGCUAGAUAAGCUACAGCGCCCUUUAACCCCAGGGAGUGCAGAUUCCCUGACAUCCACGGCUAACUACUCCAAGGCAGUGCACCAUGUCCUGGAUAUCAUUCAUGAGGUGCUGCACCACCAGAGACAGCUGGAGAAUAUAUGGCAGCACCGCAAACUCCGCCUCCAUCAGCGCCUACAGCUCUGCGUCUUCCAACAGGACGUCCAGCAGGUUCUAGAUUGGAUUGAGAAUCAUGGUGAGGCAUUCCUCAGUAAGCACACAGGGGUGGGGAAGUCUCUGCACAGGGCCCGAGCGCUGCAGAAACGUCAUGAGGACUUUGAAGAAGUGGCUCAGAACACCUACACCAACGCUGACAAACUCUUGGAGGCGGCGGAGCAGCUAGCACAGACGGGUGAGUGUGACCCUGAAGAGAUCUACCAGGCUGCCCACCAACUGGAAGACCGCAUCCAGGACUUUGUUAGACGCGUUGAGCAACGCAAAGUCCUGCUCGACAUGUCUGUGGCCUUCCACACUCAUAGCAAAGAGCUGUGGACGUGGUUGGAGGAGCUUCAGAAGGAGCUGUUGGAUGAUGUUUAUGCUGAGUCAGUAGAGGCCGUGCAGGAGCUCAUCAAACGCUUUGGUCAGCAGCAGCAAACCACCCUGCAGGUCACAGUCAAUGUCAUUAAAGAAGGGGAGGAUCUUAUCCAGCAGCUCAGGGACUCUGCGAUCUCCAGCAAUAAGACUCCUCAUAACAGCUCUAUGGCUCACAUCGAGAGUGUGCUGCAGCAGCUGGACGAGGCUCAAGCUCAGAUGGAGGAACUCUUUCAGGAACGCAAGAUCAAACUAGAGCUCUUCCUCCAGCUCAGGAUCUUUGAACGAGAUGCCAUUGAUGUGAUCUCAGACCUGGAGUCAUGGAAUGAGGAGCUGUCUCAGCAGAUGAAUGAGUUUGACACCGAAGAUCUGACGUUGGCUGAGCAGAGACUGCAGCAUCACGCUGAUAAAGCUCUCACCAUGAACAACCUCACCUUCCACGUCAUACACCAGGGACAGGAGCUGCUGCAGUACGUCACAGAGGUGCAGGCCUCAGGUGUGGAGUUGUUGUGUGAUCGUGAUGUUGACAUGGCGACGCGGGUGCAGGACCUGCUGGAUUUCCUGCAUGAGAAACAGCAGGAGCUGGAUGCAGCUGCAGAGCAGCACAGACGACACCUGGAGCAAUGCGUACAGCUGCGCCACCUACAGGCCGAGGUCAAACAGGUUCUGGGUUGGAUCCGUAAUGGGGAGUCAAUGCUCAAUGCAGGUCUCAUCACAGCCAGCUCCCUACAGGAGGCAGAGCAGUUACAGAGAGAACAUGAGCAAUUUCAGCAUGCCAUUGAGAAAACCCAUCAGAGUGCAUUGCAGGUGCAGCAGAAGGCAGAGGGUCUGCUUCAGGCCAAUCACUAUGACAUGGACAUGAUCCGUGACUGCGCAGAAAAGGUGGCGUCUCACUGGCAGCAGCUCAUGCUGAAGAUGGAAGACCGGCUCAAACUUGUCAACGCCUCAGUGGCCUUUUACAAGACCUCAGAGCAGGUGUGUAGUGUUUUGGAGAGUUUAGAGCAGGAAUACAAGCGAGAGGAGGACUGGUGUGGAGGGACUGAUAAACUGGGACCAAACUCAGAGUCUGAGCAUGUGACGCCUAUGAUCAGUAAACAUCUGGAGCAGAAAGAGGCCUUCCUCAAGGCAUGCACACUAGCCAGACGCAACGCUGACGUCUUCCUCAAGUAUCUGCACAGAAACAGUGUGAAUAUGCCGGGAAUGCUCGCACAUGUCAAAGCCCCUGAACAACAAGUCAAGAAUAUCCUGAAUGAACUGCUGCAGAGGGAGAACCGGGUUCUGCACUUCUGGACUAUGAGGAAGAGGAGGCUGGACCAGUGUCAGCAGUACGUGGUGUUUGAACGCAGCGCCAAACAGGCUCUGGAGUGGAUCCACGACACAGGAGAGUUUUAUUUGUCCACACACACCUCCACAGGCUCCACUAUACACCACACACAGGAACUGCUCAAGGAACAUGAGGAAUUCCAAAUCACAGCCAAGCAAACUAAAGAGCGGGUAAAGUUGUUGAUUCAGCUGGCCGAUGGUUUCUGUGAGAAGGGCCACGCCCAUGCGAACGAGAUUCAGAAAUGGGUCGCCUCGGUGGACAAACGCUACCGUGACUUUUCCCUCCGUAUGGACAAAUACCGUUCCUGUCUGGAAAAAGCGCUCGGCCUGUCCACAGACUCCAACAAAGCGAGUAAAGAUCUGCAGUUGGACAUCAUUCCAGCCAGUGCUCAUGGAGCUGAGUUCAAACUGAGAGAUGUUAACCAUGAACUCAACGAGGAGAAGCGCAAAUCUGCCCGCAGAAAAGAGUUUAUAAUGGCAGAGCUCAUUCAGACUGAGAAGGCAUAUGUGAGAGACCUGCGGGAGUGUAUGGAUACAUACCUGUGGGAGAUGACCAGUGGCGUGGAGGAGAUUCCUCCAGGGAUUGUCAACAGGGAGCACAUCAUCUUUGGCAAUAUGCAAGACCUAUACGAGUUCCAUCACAACAUUUUCCUCAAAGAGUUGGAGAAAUAUGAGCAGCUUCCAGAGGAUGUGGGUCACUGUUUCGUCACGUGGGCGGAUAAGUUUCAGAUGUAUGUGAAUUACUGUAAGAACAAGCCUGACUCCACUCAGCUAAUUGUGGAACAUGCAGGGGCCUAUUUUGAUGAAAUUCAACAGCGGCACAGGCUGGCCAACUCCAUCUCUUCAUACCUUAUUAAACCAGUUCAGAGGAUCACCAAGUACCAACUGCUGCUGAAGGAACUGUUGACAUGUUGUGAGGAGGGUAAAGGUGAGAUUAAAGAUGGUCUGGAGGUCAUGCUCAGCGUGCCAAAGAGAGCUAAUGAUGCUAUGCACCUCAGCAUGCUGGAGGGUUUUGAUGAGAACAUAGAGUCUCAGGGUGAGCUGAUUCUGCAGGAGUCAUUCCAGGUUUGGGAUCCAAAGACUCUUAUCCGUAAGGGCCGUGAGCGGCAUCUCUUUCUCUUUGAGAUGUCCCUCAUUUUCAGCAAGGACGUCAAAGACUCCAAUGGCGGGAGCAAGUACCUCUACAAGAGCAAGCUCAUGACCUCAGGACUGGGAGUAACUGAACACGUGGAAGGAGAUCCCUGCAAAUUUGCACUCUGGGUUGGAAGGACACCUACCUCAGACAAUAAAAUUGUUCUAAAGGCUUCCUGUAUUGAAAACAAACAGGAAUGGAUCAAACAUGUUCGUGAAGUUAUCCAGGAGCGAACAAUCCAUUUGCGGGGGGCACUCAAAGAACCGAUUCACAUCCCCAAAGCUACUGCAUCCAAGCACAAGGGCAAACGGGAUGGAGAGGAUCUAGACAGCCAGGGUGAUGCAAGCAGUCAGCCAGACACAAUCUCCAUCGCCUCUCGCACCUCCCAGAACACGCUGGACAGUGACAAGCUGUCCGGUGGCUCAGAGUUGACGGUGGUCAUCCAUGACUUCAUGGCCAGUAAUGGUUCAGAGUUGACGGUACGUAGAGGUCAGACAGUGGAGCUGUUGGAAAGGCCCCAGGACAAGCCCGACUGGUGCCUGGUCCGAACCACAGAUCGCUCCCCUGCCCAGGAGGGCCUGGUACCCAGUGCUAUGCUCUGCAUCGCCCAUUCCCGCAGCAGUAUGGAGAUGGAGGGCAUUUUUAACCCUAAAGAUACGCUGUCAGUGUCCAGUAAUGAAGGAGGUCUGUCAGGCAGUGCCACACUUCAGCCAGGUCAUUUGCACAGUUCCCCUGGACCCAAGCGACCCGGAAACACUCUGCGUAAGUGGCUGACCAGCCCCGUCAGACGUCUCAGCAGCGGCAGAGCAGAUGGACAUGUGAAGAAACUCGCACACAAGCACAAGAAGAGCCGAGACGUGCGCAGGAACGCAGACGCCGGCUCACUGAAAGACUCAGACGACAGCGCCGCCACACCGCAGGAUGAGACCAUAGAAGAGAGGAUGAGAAACGAGGGAUUGAGCAGUGGCACUCUGUCGAAGUCAUCAUCCUCAGGGAUGCAGAGCUGUGGUGAGGAGGAGGGAGAAGAAGGCCCAGACUCUGUUCCUCUGCCGCCCCCCAUGGCCAUACAGCAGCACAGUAUUCUACAUCAGGAAUCACAGGAGGACAAGGCUACCUCUCGCCUCUCUGGACGUCCCAGCAGCUCAGAGACACCGAGUGCAGCUGAGCUGGUCAGUGCCAUUGAGGAACUCGUCAAGAGCAAAAUGAAAUUGGAGGACAGGCCCAGUUCGCUCCCUGUAGAGCAAGGAGACAACAGUAGCCCCUCCUGCAACCCCUCAAAUAACUCCCUCCUGUCUUCUUCCUCUCCCAUCAAUGAGAUGGACGAACGCAAGACUGGCUUCAUUAAGAGACGACAUUAUGUUCUACUGGAGAUGGUGGAGACAGAGAGAGACUAUGUGAGAGACCUUGGUGCAGUCGUAGAGGGCUACAUGAGCAGGAUGAAGGAGGAGGGGGUACCCGACGAUAUGAAGGGCAAAGACAAAAUUGUCUUUGGAAACAUUCACCAGAUCUAUGACUGGCAUAAAGACUUCUUUCUGGGUGAAGUUGAGAAGUGCUUGGAGGAUCCUGAUAGACUUGCAACCCUGUUUAUCAGACAAGAACGAAGAUUGCACAUGUACAUUGUCUACUGCCAAAACAAGCCCAAAUCAGAGCACAUUGUUUCCGAGUACAUCGAUACAUACUUUGAGGAUCUAAAGCAGAGGUUGGGUCACAGGCUACAGAUCACAGACCUGCUCAUCAAGCCAGUGCAGAGGAUCAUGAAGUACCAGCUUCUGCUGAAGGAUUUCCUCAAGUUCUCCAAAAAAGCUGGUUUGGACACCAUAGAAUUAGAGAAAGCAGUAGAGGUGAUGUGUGUUGUUCCUAAACGCUGCAAUGACAUGAUGAACAUUGGACGCCUCCAAGGAUUUGAUGGAAAAAUCGUAGCCCAGGGCCGACUGCUUCUCCAGGACACCUUCAUGGUCUCUGACCAGGACGGUGGUCUUCUUUCCCGCAUGAAAGAGAGGCGUGUCUUCCUCUUUGAGCAGAUAGUUAUCUUCAGUGAACCUCUGGAUAAGAAGAAGGGCUUCUCCAUGCCAGGCUAUCUGUUUAAGAACAGCAUAAAAGUCAGUUGGUUGGGUCUGGAGGAGAGUCCUGACAAUGACCCUUGUAAGUUUGUUUUGACGUCGAGGUCAUCGGCUGGCAGUACAGAGCACUAUGUCCUCCACUCCUCCAACCGGGCAGUUUGCCAGGCCUGGAUGCAGCAGAUCAGCAGCAUCCUGGAGAACCAGAGAAACUUCCUCAAUGCACUGACUUCACCUAUUGAAUACCAGCGGAACCAUGUUGGGUCGAGCGGUCUUGGGGGACCCAGCAGUAGUGGACUCCCAGGGGGAAGCAGCAGCUCAGUCAUGGGUCCUGGCUGUGGCUCCCGGUCCCGAGGUUCCAGAAUCCCUCAGCCUUCCUCUCGUCUCCCCCAGCCUGUGCAGCACCACCAUGCCCCCGCCCCAGACGACCGCACCUCAGGUACGUGCCCUCUUCUUGACCUGGGCCUAAACAGUGAGGUCCCCAGAAUGCGAGUCCUGGAGAACCCCAUGAAGGAGCUGCGCGAGGAGGCCCAGUCAGGGAUGCCCAUCCAAAGAGCCACAGUUGCUCCCCUGUCUCUCACCCUAACGAAGCCCCGUCUUGGGGUCCCCUCCUCCAUUCUCUCCCCCUUGUGCCCUCAGACAUUCACACCCUUCGCACCAGGCAUCCCAGCCCAGAAGGGCUCCCAGUUUUGGGCCUCGAUGCCAGUCUCGCCCACUGGCAGGCAUGGUUCUUACGCAGAACAGAGUGACACGUCGAGUUGCAGCCAGAGUCAGAUCCGCAGGCACUCCACCCACAGUAAGGAACUGGACCGUAUCAGCACCUGCUCAUCCACCAGUGAGCAGUCUCUGCACUCCACUCACAGCAAUGGGAGUGAAAGCAGCAGCAGUGUUUCCACCAUGUUGGUGACCCAGGACUACGUGGCUUUAAAGGAGGAUGAGAUCAGUGUAUAUCAAGGAGAGGUUGUGCAGAUAUUGGCCUCCAAUCAACAGAACAUGUUUUUGGUUUUCCGCCCCGCCACAGAACAAGGCCCAGCGGCCGAGGGCUGGAUCCCCGGCUAUGUUCUGGGUCACACCUCCACCAUCAUUUCUGACUACCCCGAUGGAACCCUCAAGAAGUCUUCAUCAUGGCACACAGCUCUCCGCAUCAGACGCAAGUCAGAAAAGAGAGAUAAAGAUGGCAGGAAGGAGAGCAGACCGGAGAAUGGCUAUCGCAAGUCUAGAGAUGCAACGGCCAAUAAGGUUUCUGUAAAGCUUUUGAAUCCCAACUACAUCUAUGAUGUCCCCCCAGAGUUUGUGGUCCCUCUGAGUGAGGUGGUGUGUGACAGGGGCGACAGCGUGAUUCUCCGCUGUAAGAUCUGUGGACAGCCCAAAACAUCGGUCUCCUGGAGAGCACCAGACCAGAGUACUCUCAGCAACGCUGGCAGAUACACUCUCACACACAGUGAAACAGGUGAAGUGACCCUCCGUAUCUCACCUGCUACUCUGGACGACAGCGGCACAUACACCUGCAUCGCCUCUAAUGACGUGGGCUCAGUGACAUCAUCAGCCUAUCUCAGAGUGCUUGGCAUUUCCUGUGAUGGUAUCCUCUGGAAGGAUAACUUUGAGUCCGUCUUCACUGAGGUCAUGGAACUGGGAAGAGGCAGGUUUGCUGUCACAAAGUGGUGUGAGCAGAGAGGGAGCAGGCGAUCGGUGGCCGCUAAGCUGGUGAAUAAGAAGCUAAUGUGUCGAGAGCAGGUUGUUCAGGAGCUGGGGGUCCUGCAGUGUCUUCAGCAUCCACAUCUGGUGGGCCUGCUCGACACCUAUGAGACCCCAGCCAGUUACAUUCUCAUCCUGGAGAUCGCUGAUCAAGGUCGUCUCCUCGACUAUAUUGUUAGCUGGGGGAACCUGACUGAAGAAAAAGUGUCUCUUUAUCUACGGGAUAUUCUAGAAGCUUUACAUUAUCUUCAUGCAUGCAGGAUAGCUCAUCUAGACUUGAAGCCUGAAAAUGUAGUGAUCGAGCACACAUCAACCCAGCCUCUGGUCAAACUGACAGACUUCGGUGACGCGGCGCAUCUCUACAACACCCCAUACAUCCACCCUCUGCUGGGUAGCCCAGAGUUCUCCGCCCCUGAGCUGGUCUUGGGUGAGCCUGCAGCUCUGGCAUCUGACCUCUGGAGUCUGGGUGUGCUUGCAUACGUGAUGCUCAGCGGGGCGUCCCCCUUUCUGGAUGAAAGUGUUGAGGAAACCUGCCUUAACAUUUGCCGCCAUGACUUUAGCUUCCCGGUCGACUACUUCCGUGGUGUGAGUAAGGCUGCGCGGGACUUUGUAUGCAUCUUACUGCAAGAAAAACCAUGCAGACGUCCCUCUGCGCAGGUUUGCCUGCGGGAGGAGCCCUGGCUACAGCCGAACGCGGCACCUGGAGCGGCUCGCCUCGAAACUUCCAGACUCAUCUCCUUUAUAGAGCGGAGGAAACACCUGAAUGACCUGCGACCUGUGGCCAGUUUCAAAGACUUCCUGCAUAGUCGCCUACUCAGCCAGGCCUGAAAGAAAGAUAGCCCUCAAAGAACAAACCACAAUCUCCUGAGUUAAGGUUACAGUGGCACAAUAAAAUCUGUGUUAAAGGAAUAGUUCAACCCAAAAAAUUAAAAACCCUCACGUCUUUGAAAACCUGUAUGACUUUCUUUCUUCCAUGGAACACUAAAGGAGGAAUGUAUAGCAUAAUAACAUAAAAAUUCAGUCUCUUCCUUGCACAAAGCUAUUGUAUGUCUUCAGAAGACUUGGAAAAUAGUGCACAAGUUGCAUAGACUACUGUUAUAAAUAUUAUGAUUAUCCUUUUAGGAGCUUGAAAGCCCCUGGUCACCAUCCACUUUCAUUGUAUGGAAAAGAGCAGCAUGGACAUUCUACUAAAUAUCUCCUUUUGAGUUCCAUGGUGGGGGGAGUCAUAUGGGUUUGGAAUGACUUGAUGGUGAGCUAAUAAUAACAGAACUAUCCCUUUAAUGACAAUCUCUCCUUAGGUUUUGAGCAAAAAAUGGAAGAAAGCAGGAGAAAAUAUUGAAAAUGAAGAAAGAAUAUAUGCUGAAAUCUCAUCCUUGUUUUAGAGCCAAUUACAUGGUUCUGGGUCUCUAUAAACUGCUGCUGAAAAAACUCUGAAGUUCCCUUCCCUACCCUUUAAAAAAAUCAUUUCAGUUACAUGUAUUUGCUCUCUUUGUAUGGAAAGCACUAACAAGAAAAAAAAAAGUGAAUAAAGAAAAGGGGAAAGGUUUGUGACUUUUUGGUUUUGUUUUUUGUUUUAAUGUUACCUGAGCCAAAGCUAAACCAGCUUUGUGUUCAGACAGUAUUUCAAUCAGGUUGUUUCAGUGGAGUACUGUAAUUUGAAUAGCUAUAUUCAGGAAAGAUUACAUUUUGUACAAACCAUGUAUAGAAGCACAGUUGAGAUGAUAUCUUUAUCCUGAACAUUUUGGGGAAAAAAACGUAUUUAAAUAUAGGGAAAAUAGUUAUGGCAUUCCUCUGAAGAUCAUUAUAGCUGUACGCAAAUUUUCAUGUUUGAUACGCAUAUUUGAAAUCGUACCAUAGCCAUUUUUAACAGCUGUAACUCUUUUCAUAAAGAGUAAAAGAUGAGCUUUUAAUUUCAGUUCACGUGUCUAUCAGCCUUAUGUUGUAAAUAAACUGGACAUGCCUUCAUUCAUGUUCAUUUGCAGUGUUAGAAAUGCUUUCUCAUUGGCCACUGAAGACAAAAAGUGUUGGUAACCACGGCAAAUGUGCACUCUUUGUAAUUUGUUGAAAUUUCUAUGUGCAGUUUUGGGGCUUGAACAUUUUGCAGCUAUUUAUAAUACUUGGUGUUAAAUCGACAUUGUUAAGUACAUGCAUCAGCCACCGCGAGUUGACAUAUGAUGUGUCUGUGGCUGUUUUGCUGGAUUCCCUGUGUUCAGUAUUAUUUUGUAAAAGCUUAACAUUUUUGGUGAAAAUCAUUUGUGUCUACGUCACACUUCCGUUAUGAAUGUCGUUAUUGAUUUUUAUCAUUAAAUCAAAGGUACCUCAUGUACCUAAAUAAUUCUCCCUGUUUGGUGGUUAUAAUUUGUAACAAAGAAUUAUGAAUGAAAUUCUGACUUCUAGAGCCAGGGUUUACAUGUAUUGAUUGUUGAUUUAUUUAUUGUGUCUUGUUCAGUUUUUUUUAAUCGAAGAUAUAUAGUGCUUCAUGAUGUCAAAAUAUUAUGAUUUUUUAUUUGUGUAUCUGCUCAUUGUGGCAGUAGCCUAAUAAUGUAAGUUUGCAUGACUAAAUGACGAGUUAGUAAUUAUUCCAUUCCCAUGAGAUUUGUUUGCUUUCUGUUAGUUUUGUAUAAUACUGUAUCUGUUGUACAAGGAGAAUGCACCAAUUCUAGUUUUUUCAGCACCAAAUCGUGGCUUUAAGAGGCGAGUUUCACUAGUAAUACAAUAACCCAAAAAAGCAACUGUCAUCGCAUGUCCUUAAAACCUAUUUGCAAUUACUCUUAAUGCUGAAUUUAAAAUAGAGAUAAAUAACAUGAUGGGUCAGUAAUGUAUGGAUUUUCAUGUUUUCAAUUUUUUUUUUUUUUUUUAAGUUUCUCAUAUAUUGUAUAGAUGUACAGACACCAUGAAACCUAGACG